CAAGCCAGCUGAUUCCAAUCGAAAGUUCUUGGUAUUUUAUAUCUAUUCAAUACCACGAGCUUUUUUGGAUAGUCAACCCAGAGGGACAUCCCAGGUCCAAUUCUGAGGGCUGACGCUGAAGCGUUGGCGGAACUAGUUCCAGCCGAGCCAUUGGCUGAGGCCGUAAACUUCAAAAAAGGAAACUGAGGGGAGAGAAAGACAAAAAGAGGUCAUGGCUGCACCGUUCGUCCAGGAGGCGUUGAAGCUGCUGACGCAGCGCGUGACAUCUUCCAAGACUCGUGCGCGAAUCGAGGCGCUCAGGGAUGUGGUCACUCCCGCCGUGAUACGAAAAGAGUUCCCCGAGCCGGCUGUGAAGUUACUGAUGAAGCUGCUCUCUCUGACAGUCGAGCGCUUCCGUGACACUGCAUCACAGCGAGCAGUCGAGGCUGUGAUCCGCGCUGCUGUUGAACACCACCCAUCGGUUGCGGUGAAAUACGUGAGCAAUGCCGUGUCUGAACUUGCACAGUCCGUUGCCAAGGUUGCACCUAGCGCGGCCAAUGGGUCGGCAGCAUACACCACGUUACGUUGGGCAUGUGUGAUUGUAGAACCACUGUUAUCUAAGGGCGGUGCGACCACUGCCGAGUUCAAGCAAUUGAUAACCAACCUGGCUGAUGUUUCUUCCGCCAUUCUGGCCAGCCCACGCAAGCCAGUGCACGAUGCAAGCAGAAGGUGUUUCUUCCGACUCUUCAACAAAAUUACUGUCGAGCCAUUCCUUGCUGCCAUCGUCUCUCUGCCACCAACUCAGCAGAGUCUACUGUGCCUAGUACACUACAUUGUCCUCUAUGCUGGUAGCAAGAAGGACCACACUUGCUGGUCUGCAAACAUGGCUCCACUUCUGGACGUCUACAUGAAGUCGGUGGUGCAGAGCAAGUCCCAGGUGCCGGAGCACAUCAAACGCUACUCCACAACCCUGCUCUCUCACCUGACACACGAGCAGUUCAAGGACGUUCUGCUUCCGUCGCUGGAGAAAGGCCUCCUGCGCGCGCCCGAGCACUUGAUUCCUGCAUUGUCCAGCCUGCUGGCUGGUAUGUCUCUGGACCUGAGUGCCUACGUCAUGUCGCUGGGAAAGCGUAUUGCUAGUCAGCUGUACAGUCAGACCGCUAGUCGUCGUGAUGAAGCUGUCAAGGCCAUCAUCAGCCUCUCCAAGCAGUGCAGUGAUGUCACUGCCGUCACCGACUUCACUAAACACCUCUUUGCCAUUCUCGCAGGUGCGGAGGGCAAGUUGACGGCCUCUGAACAGCGCGUUAGCGUCUUGUCAGCUAUUGGCGCUAUGGCAGGCAAUACUGUCGUCGGUGCUUCGUCCAUUCAACCGCUCAUCGAGGGUGUAAUCAAGCAGUUUUUGCCGAUUCUGCAGCAAGAAGUACACGAACAGACAUUGUCCCAUGCCAUCAUGCAGCUAGCAGCAUGGACCCAGCGUUUGCCCACCAGCGCUCCAGCCGACUUCCUCGCUGCUGUCAAGAAAAACAUGUCUCUGAAGAGUGCCUCCUCGCCUGUCCGAUUCUGCUAUCUACAUCUGCUAAGCCUCACGAUGAAAGGAAACCUCAUGUCCCAGGGCUCUGACGUGCUGCCCAUUCUUUCGCAGGCAAUGGAGCGUGCCGUAGCUCAGCCCCACCAGGUGCCCGUCGUGUCCGAGGCUAUUGCCGCUGCCAGCCUGCUUUGCCAACUCUCUCUCACAGAGCCAGAAGCAGAAUCGAAGUAUGCAUCCUUCUGGAAGGUUGCACUGGACUGCGAGAAAGCAUUGCUGAUGUCGGAGAAAGUGAUCUCUUCCGCUACUGAUGACGCCCUGCUGUUGAUGCUGAACUUCCUGCAGUGCCUGCUCUUCAGUCACGAACAGCGUCUCGAUGCCAAGUGUUCCAGAAUGGUGCACACUGUCAUAGUGUGGCUGCUGGUACACCACUCCUACCCGGUGAGAAAGAGAGCGGCCACCAUUGCUCUCAAGAUCGUCAAGAGCUCAGCAGGUGGCGUGGACAGCACUGGCUCCGGACUGCGCAAGGUCUUCGGCGAAUACCUCACGGCACAAGUUGUUGCAACGGAAACAUCUGAGGACACCGAGGGAGCGUCGUCCAAGGCGCCCAAGAGCGGCAGCAGCCAUCACUUUGUGAAAGCACUGCGCCUGGUCACCACACCACCCAGCGGCUCCGCUGGCUCCAUCAAGGACGAAUGCACAGCCAUCUUGCUGGAGUCGCUGCUCUGGGCACACCAUCCCGUCAUCGUUCAAACAAGCACUGAUGAAUGGAGUCGAUUGCUACAGCGUUUGAGAGUCGAUCUGGAUGACCUGGUAGCAGCGCCUCAUCUUGAUACACUGCUGGCCUGCAUCAGUGUUCCGCAGCUCACCAACCAAGCGGUCCCAUCACCAGUGCUGAGUGCAGUGAGCACUUUGUCAUCUCUCUGUCCUAAGUUCAUCGGUGUCAUCAUGACCAUGCUCAGUGGAACACUGGACACUCCCUUGCAGGUCACCGUCAACGAGAUGCGCAUCGCGCACACGCCAGAGGGCCAACUCUUCGACACCAGCCUGAUUGAUAAUGCCAAAGCGACCGAUACCAACAAGGCACAGAACAUCAAGAGAGAAUCGAAGCUGUACAGCUACGAAGACCAAAAGUGGGAGAUGGAGUUCAGGGAGGAACUGAAAAAGAAGAAGCAACAGCAGCAACAACCGGCCGCCGCUGCCGUUUCCACGGCAACUACCGGCAAAUCAUCAGCCAAGCCUGGCGCUACAAAGACAGCUGGCAAAGGCACAGCUGGCAAGGCCGGUGGCAAGGGCGGAAAGUCGUCUUCGGCUGCUGGUGAUGUUCAGCUCAGCAAGAAGCAGCAGGAGAUCCUGGAGGCCACGCUCAAGCAAGAGUCGGCCACCAGAAAGCGCGUGACGGAAAUUGAGACCAAGCUGAUCACGGCGCUGUCGUUCGUGGGCUGUGCUGCCACUGCCAACCCGUACGCCAUGCAGAAGCACAUGCCACAGCUGGUCACCUGGCUGAGGCGGCUGCUCCGCUGUCCACUGGGUGCCGGGCAUGCAGCCGACGCCUGGGUCAAGCUGCGCCCGGUUGCUUUCGACGACGAAGAGGAUAACGUCUGGCUCGGUAAGAGCGUGUCUCACGUCACCCUGCGUCUGCUGGACCCGCCGACGUGUCUGGACGAGUCCUGGGAAGAGGAGCCCCUACUGGCGCAGGCCAAGCGUGUGCUGGUCCAGCUGCACUCGCUGGCGUCCAGUGAACAGCUACCCGCUGCCUCCUUCUGCUACUGCUUCCCGAUGUUGGACAGCAUUCUCGGAGCCAUCACGUACGUGGCUGGCGUGAGCACGUUCAAUCGCGUGGCCAACCAGUUGGCCAGUGAAAUGCCCGCGCUGAUGAACAGCGCCAUCUCCUCUCUCAGUAUUCACUGCACAAUGCGGUCGGCUGCAGUUGGCAUGCCAAUCUCGACUGGGGUCUCUGCCGGUCUGAAUGGACUUGAAAUGGGAGGUGAUGAUGACGAGGAUGGUCCAGCUCUGCUGCCUUCUGAGGGUAUGUUCCGUUUGCUGGUUCACGUCAUCGGCAACGCCACUGAUGUCAAACUCGCCAAGUUGCAGCAAAAGGCGUGCAACUCUCUGGUAGCACUGUGCGAGUCGUUCAGCUCCAAGAGCGGCUGUGCCUCCCUGGGCGCCAGCGACCUGGAAAAUGUUCUGCUGCCGGCCAUGAAAAGCAAUUGUGAUGAGCUGCGUCGUGCUGUGCUCAAUGGCCUGACUGAGAUCAUACCACUCAUCCAGACUGAACUACAGAAUGUGGAGAACAACACACACUCACUGUGGGGACAAGAACUGGUGGACUCACUCUGCUGCCAUGUGUGGCUGCUGAGAUUCGACGAGGUCGAGAUCAACAAGACCUUGGCAGAGCGAUUGUGGGAUGCUGCUGGCAUGCUCAACGACUUUGUACCGAGCAGUGACAUCAUCAAGGACGUAUCGCAUGCCGAGGCCAAGGUUCGCAGCGCCGCAGCACAGGCACUGUCCGCAUCGCUGGCUCUCGAGCCGCAGGAGACCUUUGCUAACUGCCAGUUGUUGUUCGAGCUCUACGAGAAGUACCGCUAUGUACCCAAAGCAUCAGUGGACAGCAUGGGCCGACCGACUGGCCCUGCCCCCGAGGACCCAUGGCCAUCACGCUGCGGUGUAGCCAUCGCGCUGCGUCACCUUACCAGUCUCAUGCAGUCGUCUGACGUACCAGAACUGUUCACUUUCUACGUACCGACAGCACUCAACGAUCACCGCGUUGAGGUGCGCAAGGAAAUGCUAGCCGCAGCUACGGCUGCCAUCGAGGAACACGGAAAGGAUGAAGUGUCAGUGCUGUUGCCCAAGUUUGAGCACUGCUUAUCGUUGCCCGAUGGUCAGACCAGUGACGCUCUGCGACAGUCCAUUGUCAUCUUGAUGGGAACCCUGGCACGCCAUCUUGUAAAGGAAGAUCCAAAGAUCCGACCGAUUGUGGAGCGACUAAUCGCAACACUGGACACUCCGUCACAGCCUGUACAGGAAGCCGUUGCAAACUGCCUGCCUCCACUCGUGCCCGCCAUCAAGGACGAGGCCAAGAAGAUGGUGGCCGACCUUCUGGCAAAGCUUCUGGAUGGCACUCAGUUUGCCGAGCGCAAGGGAGCAGCCUACGGUUUAGCCGGUCUGGUCAAGGGUUUGGGAAUAGGAUCCCUUAAACAACUCAACAUCAUGCCAACACUAACGGAGGCUGUCCAAAACAAGAAGAACUAUCGUCAUCGUGAAGGAGCGCUGUUUGCUCUGGAGAUGCUGUGCUUGAUGCUGGGCCGUCUGUUUGAGCCGUACAUCAUUCACGUCCUGCCGCAUCUGCUCAUGUGCUUCGGGGACGGUAAUACCUACGUGCGAGAGGCUGUGGACGAUACAGCCCGCGCUGUGAUGCAGAAGCUGAGUGCUCACGGCGUCAAGCUAGUCUUGCCCUCGUUGCUGCAGGCUAUUGAAGACGACUCGUGGAGAACAAAGAUCGGCAGUGUUGAGCUGCUCGGAGCUAUGGCUUACUGCGCUCCUAAGCAGCUCUCUUCCUGCUUGCCGAGUAUCGUGCCCAGCCUGACCGGCGUACUGGCCGACUCCCACAUCAAGGUGCAGAAGGCCGGCGGGCAAGCUCUCAAGCAGAUCGGCUCCGUCAUCAAGAACCCGGAGAUCCAAGUGAUUGCAACCACCCUGCUGGAGGCUCUGGCUGAUCCUGCCACACACACUGCAGCCGGUCUGCAAGCACUCAUGGACACGGCGUUCGUGCACAUGAUCGACGCCCCAUCGCUGGCGCUGAUCAUGCCCAUCCUGCAGCGCGCCCUGGACCAGCGCAGUACGGACAUCAAGAAGAUGGCAUGCCAGAUCAUGGGCAGCAUGUACACGCUCACUGAUCACAAGGACUUGUCGCCGUACCUAUCUGGUGUACUGCCCGGUGUCAAGGCCAGUCUUCUCGAUCCUCUUCCCGAGGUUCGUGGCGUAGCAGCCAAGGCCCUGGGUGCCAUGGUGAAGGGACAUGGAGAUGAGAGCUUUGCUGAGCUCAUGCCCUGGUUGUUGGAGGUGUUGACUUCCGAGAGUAACACUGUUGACCGCUCUGGUAGUGCUCAAGGUAUGAGCGAGGUCCUGGGAUCGCAGGGUCUUGGCAAGCUGAGGGACAUGAUGCCGACGUUCGUCAGCGCCGCCCAGCAGCUAGACGCUUCACCUCACUACCGCGACGGUUACCUGAUGCUGUUUGUAUACCUGCCUGUUACGUUUGGUGAUGCGUUUGUGCCGUUCAUCAAAGACGUCAUCCCACCUAUUCUCAAGGGAUUGGCGGACGAGAGCGAGUACGUACGUGAGACAGCACUGCGCGGUGGACAGCGUAUCAUCAACAUGUUUGCUGAUACAGCCGUGGAGAUCUUCCUGCCCGAGCUGGAGGCCGGCAUGUUUGACGAGCACUGGCGUAUUCGCCAUUCCUCCAUGCAACUUCUCGGUGAUCUCUUGUACCGUCUGUCUGGUGUCACUGGCAAGAUGACCACAGAGGGCGACGAAGACGAAGGAUUCGGUACUGAGACUUCGCAGAAGGCAAUUCUGGAAGCCCUGGGCAGUGAACGCCGCAAUCGUGUUCUUGCCGGUGUGUAUAUGGGACGUAGUGAUGUGGCCCUGCUUGUCAGGCAAGCUGCACUGCACGUCUGGAAGGUGGUUGUUGCCAACACACCGCGGACGCUACGCGAGAUCCUGCCAAUGCUCUUCCAGCUGUUGCUGGGAUGCUUGGCCAGUACCAGUUACGAUAAGAGGCAGGUUGCCGCUCGAACUCUUGGAGAUUUGGUGCGUAAGCUCGGUGAGCGUGUUCUUCCUGAUAUCAUUCCUAUCCUGGAGCGUGGACUGGACAGCAAGGAGAGUGAUGAGAGACAAGGUGUAUGCAUUGGUCUCACGGAGAUCAUGUCGUCUACGUCACGUGAUCAGGUGCUGCAGUUUGUAGAUUCUUUGGUAUCGACUGUGCGUCGGGCACUGUGUGAUGAACUGGCCAAGGUUCGCAAGGCGGCCGCACAGACGUUUGACCGUCUCCAUGCCACAAUUGGCCAUCAAGCGCUGCAGCAGAUCCUGCCGCCCUUGCUCGAUAUGCUGAGUGCUGAUGGAGACGAUGCGACAGCAGCCCUGGACGGUCUACAGCAGGUGAUGGCUGUGAAGAGCAAGGACGUGUUGCCAUUCCUCAUCCCCAAGCUUACAGCCCCUCCUGUGAACAGCCGCGCGCUGGCUCUGCUGGCGUCGGUGGCUGGAGAGUCUCUCACCCGUCACAUUGGCCGCAUUCUGCAGGCAUUGCUAGAUGCUAUCGAGACCGCCACUGCAGAGUCUGGGGAACAGGAGCUUGCUAAUGCUCAGCUGCUUGUGUUGAGCAUCGUCGACGAGGUGGGUGUUCAGACCAUGAUUGAGGAGUUGCUUGCCAGCUGCAAGCAUGUCGUGCCAGCCAGGCGUAAGGCUGCCGCCUCACUGCUACAGGUGUUUGCAGCUCAGACACGUGCCGACAUUCUGGAUCACGUGCCUCAGCUGAUGCGCGGUCUGCUCAAGCUGUUUGCUGACCCGGACAAGGACGUGCUGGUGGCCGCCUGGGAUGCGCUCAGUGCUGUCACAAAGACUCUAUCAGCACCCGACCAGCUGGGACACAUUGGUCACUUGCGACAGGCUGUAAAGUAUGUUGCUGAUGAUGCUAUUGAUGGUCUCCUGCCAGGUUUUUGCCUGGGACCCAAGAAGGGUAUUGCCCCAGUACUGCCAAUGUUACGCGAAGGUUUGCUCAACGGACCACCUGAGCUCAAAGAGCAAGCUGCCAGUGGCCUGAGCGAAGUCAUCUCCUUGACAACGGCGGAGUCGCUGAAGACCAGCGUCGUCCCCAUUGCCGGCCCGCUCAUCCGUAUCCUUGGCGACCGCUUUGUGUGGAGCGUCAAGGUGGCAGUGCUGGACGCGCUGCGUAUUCUCAUCACCAAGGUGGGUGCGGUGCUGAAGCCGUUCCUGCCUCAGCUGCAGACGACGUUCAUCAAGGCGCUGUACGACACGAACCGCUCCGUACGCCAGCACGCCUCCAGCGCCCUGCAGUGCCUGGUGGUGUUGCAUGCACGCGUCGACCCUCUCUUCACCGAGAUGCACAACGGAAUCAAGACCGUCGACGACGCAGCCGUUCGUGAGACUAUCCUAGUUGCACUGCGUGGUGUACUGCUCAAUGCCGGCCAUAAGAUGAGUGAGGCUCUCCGGAAAUCCCUGACAGCUACGCUCGUCGAAAUGCUGUCUUCUCCCGAGGAUGAGAUCCGUGCUGGUGCCUCGUCAUGCGUGGGAGCCGUGUGCAAGGUCUCGCCGGCCGAAGACUUGACAGCGCUGGUCCGUGGCGAUCUUCUCGCGACUGAUUCGUCUGGCGACUGGACACUGCGACACGGCACAUCCCUGGCGCUGGCGGAGGCCACGUCACAGGCCAGCGGUGUCAUGGAGGAGACCGGCCUGAGAGGAGAGGUGAUCGCCGCUGCGACAACACAUUCCAAGUCGGACCGGAUUCCCAUCUGUUUGGCUGGUGUCAAGUCUCUUGGUCACCUGUGGUCGCACACAGUCCGUACACGCGGUGCAUCCACAUCGGUGGAGCCUCCUGUCCAUGCCUGUCUCGCCACUUGUUUGUCCCACAGCAGUGGUGAGGUACGCGUGGCGGCGGCGCGAGGUAUUCGCUCUGCUGCACGCCAGGGUUCUCAACCUGUCUCCGACAUUACUAGCGUUAUACCGGCUCUCACUGCCAAUGCAAGGGAGAAGGCCUCCCCGGCCAAGAUGGCCGCUGAGCUCGCUCUCGUGUCCAUUCUCAAACUACGCGACGGAGAUGCAGUGUAUCAGUCUGUAUCAGCUAAGCUGGAUGGUGCAGCCGCCACACAACUCACCGAGGUCUACAAGCGUUCGCUGACACGACUAGCUAAGCAGGAGGACGUGGACGACGAUGACGACGGAGACUCCGGAUCGUUUGUCUGAUCACGGUCUCGCGCCUAGCAGCUCAACAGUGUUGUGCCUGCGCCUCUCCCCGGGUGUGUGUGUGACGCUUUGUCCCAGUAGCCAGCCGGGUGUGUGUGUGUGUGUGUAUGUGCGCGUGCUCACACGUCCGGGAUUGCAAGCAUGACGUUGGGAUAUCCGCUUCGACUCUAAAUUUCCAAUCCAUCUUCCCGUUCUCGCCAAUCGUCAUGUAACUCCGCGUCAUUGCCUGGACGUUGGUUGCCCUUCCCUGAUGUAGCAAUGUCCGUGCGACAUAACAAUAUUCAUGCUUUUGUUGCUAUGACGACACCACCACCACUAGAAUCUAAGAACACGGGACGUGUCCUGCCGCCUCUUUCCUGCGUUUCCGUGACAACCAGUCACGCACGACAUGCUGUUUGUUCCUGCCGUGUGGUUCUUAUUUUGAAGAUGUCGUCGCACCGCACCCGUAUUGGGCUCGGUUUGUUGAAUUAGUCUCAAGCCUGCUGCGUGUCUGCUUUGAAAAAUGACUUGUUAACAGGGUUUCAGAUUCCAUUUUAUUUUUUUGGCUUGCUUUUAUUUCCUGUCCCUUUCCGGCUCAAUUCGGCGCUGAUCCGAAGUUCAUCAACUGUUUUGCUUUCUGCACCUCAUGCUUUCUCCCUGCGUUCUCGCGUGUAUCGAUA